GCCGAAGUCAGAACCGGAGCCCGAGCCGGUGUCGGCUCCUUCCACCCAGCCCUGCCAGCUCCCGGAGCUGUUCAUGGAUUAAUGGCAAGAUAGUUAACCACCAUGGCGGCUAUGGUUCCACCAGUGAAGCUCAAAUGGCUUGAACAUUUAAACAGCUCUUGGAUCACAGAAGACAGUGAAUCUAUUGCUACAAGAGAAGGAGUUUCUGUCUUGUAUUCUAAACUGGUCAGUAAUAAGGAAGUUGUGCUUCUGCCUCAGCAGGUUUUGUGCCUCAAAGGACCUCAGUUGCCUGAUUUUGAACGUGAAUCUCUUUCAAGUGAUGAACAGGAUCACUAUUUGGAUGCCCUUCUUACCAGUCAGUUGGCUUUGGCCAAGAUGGUAUGUUCAGAUUCCCCAUUUGCUGGAGCACUUCGUAAACGACUUCUUGUACUGCAACGUGUCUUUUAUGCACUUUCUAAUAAAUAUCAUGAUAAAGGCAAAGUGAAGCAGCAGCAGCAUUCGCCAGAGAGUAGUUCUGGUUCAGCAGACGUUCAUUCUGUUAGUGAACGGCCCCGAUCAAGCACAGAUGCCCUUAUAGAAAUGGGUGUCCGAACUGGACUGAGCUUAUUAUUUGCACUACUAAGGCAGAGUUGGAUGAUGCCUGUUUCAGGACCUGGUCUCAAUCUUUGUAAUGAUGUCAUUCAUACUGCAAUAGAAGUUGUGAGCUCUUUGCCACCAUUAUCUCUAGCAAAUGAAAGUAAGAUUCCACCUAUGGGUUUGGACUGUUUAUCACAAGUGACUACAUUUCUUAAGGGAGUAACUAUUCCAAAUUCUGGAGCAGAUACUUUAGGUCGUAGAUUAGCUUCUGAGCUGUUGCUUGGUUUAGCAGCUCAACGAGGUUCUUUAAGGUAUCUUCUCGAGUGGAUAGAAAUGGCUUUGGGUGCAUCAGCAGUUGUACAUACCAUGGAGAAAAACAAACUACUGCCAAGCCAGGAAGGAAUGAUCAGCUUUGACUGCUUUAUGAACAUAUUAAUGCAGAUGAGGCGCUCUUUGGGCUCGUCUGCUGAUCGAAGUCAGUGGAGGGAACCAACUAGAACAUCUGAUGGUUUGUGUUCUCUCUAUGAGGCAGCUUUGUGUCUGUUUGAAGAGGUUUGCAGAAUGGCUUCUGAUUACUCAAGAACAUGUGCUAGCCCAGAUAGCAUUCAAACUAGUGAUGCACCCAUUGUUUCUGAAACUUGUGAAGUCUAUGUUUGGGGCAGUAACAGCAGUCAUCAGUUGGUAGAAGGAACACAAGAAAAAAUACUACAACCUAAAUUGGCACCAAGUUUUUCUGAUGCACAGACAAUUGAAGCUGGACAGUAUUGCACUUUCGUAAUUUCUACGGAUGGUUCAGUGAGAGCCUGUGGUAAAGGUAGUUAUGGCAGACUAGGACUUGGAGAUUCCAACAAUCAAUCUACUCUAAAAAAGUUAACAUUUGAGCCUCAUCGGUCUAUUAAAAAGGUGUCAUCUUCUAAAGGAUCAGAUGGGCAUACGUUAGCUUUUACAACCGAAGGUGAAGUCUUCAGCUGGGGAGAUGGUGAUUAUGGAAAACUGGGACAUGGAAAUAGUUCAACACAGAAGUAUCCUAAACUUAUUCAGGGACCUCUUCAGGGGAAGGUAGUUGUGUGUGUGUCAGCUGGAUAUAGACAUAGUGCUGCUGUCACUGAAGAUGGUGAAUUGUAUACGUGGGGUGAAGGAGAUUUUGGAAGAUUGGGUCAUGGUGACAGCAAUAGCCGAAACAUUCCAACAUUAGUAAAAGACAUUAGCAAUGUUGGAGAGGUUUCCUGUGGCAGUUCACACACAAUUGCUUUAUCCAAAGAUGGAAGAACUGUAUGGUCUUUUGGAGGAGGAGAUAAUGGCAAACUUGGUCAUGGUGAUACAAAUAGAGUAUAUAAACCUAAAGUUAUAGAAGCUUUACAAGGAAUGUUUAUUCGAAAAGUUUGUGCUGGGAGCCAGUCUUCACUUGCCUUGACGUCAACAGGACAGGUCUAUGCAUGGGGUUGCGGAGCUUGUCUAGGUUGUGGUUCUUCAGAAGCUACAGCUUUGAGACCAAAACUUAUUGAAGAACUGGCAGCUACAAGAAUAGUUGAUAUUUCAAUUGGAGACAGUCACUGUUUGGCCCUUUCUCAUGAUAAUGAAGUUUAUGCUUGGGGUAAUAAUUCUAUGGGACAGUGUGGUCAAGGAAAUUCCACGGGUCCUAUUACCAAACCAAAAAAAGUUAGUGGUUUAGAUGGAGUAGCAAUUCAACAGAUUUCAGCUGGAACAUCACAUAGCCUGGCAUGGACAGCUCUUCCCAGGGACAGGCAAGUUGUUGCAUGGCAUCGACCUUAUUGUGUGGAUCUUGAAGAGAGUACUUUCUCACAUCUACGUUCCUUUCUUGAGAGAUACUGUGAUAAAAUAAAUAGUGAGAUUCCCCCGCUUCCUUUUCCUUCAUCAAGGGAACAUCACAGUUUCCUCAAAUUGUGCCUGAAGUUGCUAUCUAAUCAUCUUGCUCUUGCUCUGGCUGGAGGAGUAGCUACUAGUAUUCUUGGGAGGCAAGCUGGACCAUUGCGAAAUUUGCUCUUUAGGCUAAUGGACUCUUCUGUCCCAGAUGAAAUACAAGAGGUGGUAAUUGAAACUCUGUCAGUGGGAGCAACCAUGCUAUUGCCCCCUUUAAGAGAACGAAUGGAGUUACUGCAUUCUCUUUUACCCCAAGGACCUGAUCGAUGGGAAAGCUUGUCUAAAGGACAGAGAAUGCAGUUGGAUAUAAUUUUGACAAGUUUACAAGAUCAUACCCAUGUAGCCUCCCUACUUGGUUAUAGUUCACCUUCUGAUUCUACUGAUGUUUCUUCCAUAUGUAUCACCUAUGGAAACCUGUCGGACCAACCAUAUAGCACUCAGAGUUGCCAUCCAGAUACUCAUUUAGCUGAAAUUUUAAUGAAGACCUUACUAAGAAAUUUAGGAUUUUAUACAGAUCAAGCAUUUGGAGAACUGGAAAAAAAUAGUGAUAAAUUUUUACUUGGGACGUCUUCAUCUGAGAAUAGCCAACCUGCUCAUCUUCAUGAACUGCUUUGUUCACUGCAAAAGCAGCUGCUAGCAUAUUGCCACAUCAACAGUGUUAGUGAGAAUUCAAGCAGUGUGGCAUUGCUUCACAAGCAUCUUCAGCUCUUGUUACCUCAUGCCACAGAUAUCUAUUCACGUUCUGCAACUUUACUGAAAGAGAGUCCUUGGAAUGGCAGUGUUGGUGAAAAACUGAGAGAUGUCAUUUAUGUAUCUGCUGCUGGCAGUAUGCUCUGCCAGAUUGUUAAUUCUUUACUGUUACUGCCAGUGUCAGUGGCUCGGCCUUUGCUGAGUUAUCUACUAGACCUCUUGCCACCUCUUGAUUGCCUUAAUAGACUGUUGCCAGCUGCUGCUCUUUUAGAAGAUCAAGAGUUGCAGUGGCCUCUUCAUGGAGGGCCAGAACUGAUUGACCCAGCUGGAGUGCCACUUCCUCAGCCUGCUCAAUCUUGGGUUUGGCUUGUAGAUCUAGAGAGAACUAUUGCUCUCCUCAUUGGACGGUGUCUCGGGGGCAUGUUACAAGGCUCUCCUGGGUCUCCUGAGGAGCAAGAUACAGCAUACUGGUUGAAAACACCACUGUUCAGUGAUGGUGUUGAAAUGGAUAUCCCUCAAUUAGACAAAUGUAUGAGUUGCCUGUUAGAAGUGGCACUUUCUGGAAAUGAAGAACAGAAGCCAUUUGAUUAUAAAUUACGGCCUGAAAUUGCUGUCUUUGUUGACUUAGCAUUGGGUUGUACAAAAGAGCCUGCUCGUAGUCUUUGGAUCAGUAUGCAAGAUUAUGCUAUUAGUAAAGAUUGGGACAGUGCAACUUUAAGUAAUGAGUCACUCUUGGACACUGUAUCUAGAUUUGUUCUUGCAGCUCUCCUGAAACACACAAAUUUACUUAAUCAAGCAUGUGGAGAGAGCAGGUAUCAACCGGGUAAAACCUUAGCAGAAGUAUACCGUUGUGUGUAUAAAGUUCGAAGUCGUUUACUUGCUUGUAAGAACAUGGAACUCAUUCAAACUAGGUCAUCUUCAAGAGACCGAUGGAUUUCCGAAAACCAGGAAUCCGCAGAUACUGAUGCACAGGAGCAUUCCUUUACCCGAACCAUUGAUGAAGAAGCUGAGAUGGAAGAGCAAGCAGAGAGAGACCGAGAAGAAGGACAUCCAGAGCAAGGAGAUGAGGAAGAGGAGAGGGAGCAUGAAGUUAUGACAGCUGGUAAAAUCUUUCAAUGUUUCCUAUCAGCCCGUGAAGUAGCACGCAGCCGGGACCGAGAUAGAAUGAACACUGGGGCAGGGUCUGGGACUCGUGUUGAUGAUCAGCCUCCUCAGUCUCAACAGGAGCGAAGGGUCAGCACAGAUCUUCCAGAGGGCCAGGAUGUGUAUACUGCUGCAUGCAAUUCUGUGAUCCAUCGAUGUGCCUUGUUAAUAUUAGGAGUAAGUCCUGUUAUAGAAGAGCUUCAAAAGCGAAAAGAGGAAGGACAGUUGCAGCCGCCAACAACAAGUACCUCUGAUGGAGUUUUACUUAUGACCAGGAGUGAAAGUCUUACUGCAGAGAGCCGCUCAGUUCAUGCAAGUCCGAAUUAUAGACUGAUCAAAUCAAGGAGUGAAUCUGAUUUAUCUCAGCCUGAAUCAGAUGAAGAGGGUUACUCACUGAGUGGAAGACGAAAUGUAGAUUUUAACUUGACUUCUCACAGAAAGAGAGGACCUGUACACAGUCAAAUGGAACCUUUGAGUGACUCCUGGACUCACCUGAAACACAGUAGAGACUGGUUGUUUAGCUCCUCUUACUCAUUUGAAUGUGAUUUUGACCUUACUAAGGCCCUUGGAGUUCAUACUUUGAUUGAAAAUGUUGUCAGCUUUGUAAGUGGAGAUGUGGGGAAUGCCCCAGGUUUUAAAGAACCAGAGGAAAGUAUGUCCACGAGUCCCCAGGCCUCAAUCAUUGCAAUGGAACAGCAGCAGCUAAGGGCAGAGCUUCGCUUGGAGGCCCUUCAUCAAAUCCUAGUUCUCCUAUCUGGGAUGGAGGAAAAAGGCAGCGUACCCUUAACAGGAAGCAGGCAAGGAUCAGGAUUUCAGUCAUCUUUACUUCUUACAUCAGUUAGACUGCAGUUUCUAGCUGGCUGUUUUGGUUUAGGAACAGUAGGACAUGCAGGAACCAAAGGAGAAAGUGUACGAUUACAUCAUUAUCAGGAUGGCAUCAGAGCAGCUAAGAGAAAUAUUCAGAUUGAAAUUCAAGUGGCUGUACAUAAGAUUUAUCAGCAGUUAUCUGCAACUUUGGAGAGAGCUCUGCAAGCAAAUAAACACCACAUUGAAGCUCAGCAGCGUCUCCUCUUGGUUACAGUUUUUGCUCUGAGUGUUCACUACCAACCAGUUGAUGUUUCUUUGGCAAUUUCUACUGGUCUCUUAAAUGUACUGUCACAGUUAUGUGGCACGGACACUAUGCUAGGGCAGCCUCUGCAUCUGUUGCCCAAAACUGGUGUUUCUCAGCUUAGCAUAGCUUUGAAAGUAGCCAGUACGAGACUGCUACAGAUUCUGGCCAUUACCACUGGAACCUAUGCUGACAAACUGAGUCCUAAGGUAGUGCAAUCCUUGCUCGAUCUACUGUGUAGUCAGUUGAAGAAUUUGUUGUUACAAGCUGGUGUGCUGCUCAUGGUUUCCUUUGGAGAAGGUGAAGAGGAAGAGGAAGAAGAGGAAGAAAAAAAGGUGGACCUUUGUGGAGAUAUUGAGAAGAGAGAUAUCAGAGCUGUACUUAGAAAACAGCAUGCAGCAGAACUACAUUUAGGAGACUUUCUAGUUUUUCUGCGAAGAGUUGUGUCUUCAAAAGCUAUUCAGUCAAAAAUGGCUUCUCCAAAGUGGACUGAAGUGCUUCUUAAUAUUGCAUCUCAGAAGUGUUCUUCAGGUAUUCCACUGGUGGGUAACUUAAGGACCAGAUUACUUGCACUCCAUGUCCUUGAAGCUGUAUUACCAGCUUGUGAAUCUGGGGUCGAAGAUGAUCAAAUGGCUCAGGUUGUUGAACGAUUAUUUUCCCUUCUCUCGGAUUGUAUGUGGGAGACACCCAUUGCGCAGGCCAAACAUGCAAUUCAGAUCAAGGAGAAAGAACAGGAAAUGAAGUUACAGAAGCAAGGAGAAUUAGAGGAAGAAGAUGAAAACCUUCCUAUUCAAGAAGUGUCCUUUGACCCAGAGAAAGCUCAGUGCUGUUUAGUGGAAAAUGGACAGAUUUUAACCCAUGGCAGUGGAGGAAAAGGAUAUGGGUUAGCAUCAACAGGUGUAACAUCUGGAUGUUAUCAGUGGAAGUUUUACAUUGUAAAGGAAAACCGUGGUAAUGAAGGCACAUGUGUUGGAGUUUCUCGAUGGCCAGUACAUGAUUUUAAUCACCGCACUACCUCAGAUAUGUGGUUGUAUAGAGCCUACAGUGGUAAUCUGUAUCAUAAUGGAGAACAGACUUUGACAUUGUCCAGUUUUACUCAAGGAGAUUUUAUCACUUGUGUAUUGGACAUGGAGGCCAGAACCAUUUCCUUUGGUAAAAAUGGAGAGGAACCCAAACUAGCUUUUGAAGAUGUGGAUGCAGCAGAGUUAUAUCCUUGUGUAAUGUUCUACAGCAGCAACCCUGGAGAAAAGGUGAAGAUCUGUGAUAUGCAGAUGCGCGGUACACCCAGAGACUUGCUUCCUGGAGAUCCUAUUUGUAGUCCUGUAGCCGCAGUGCUUGCUGAGGCCACUAUUCAACUUAUACGUAUCCUUCACCGGACAGAUCGUUGGACACAUUGCAUAAACAAGAAAAUGAUGGAAAGAUUACAUAAAAUUAAGAUGUGCAUUAAAGAAACUGGUCAGAAACUAAAGAAAAGUCGCUCAGUUCAAAGCCGAGAGGAGAAUGAGAUGAGAGAGGAAAAAGAGAACAAAGAGGAAGAGAAAGGUAAACAUACUAGGCAUGGUCUUGCUGACCUCUCUGAGCUGCAGUUGAAGACACUCUGCAUAGAGGUGUGGCCUGUGCUUGCAGUGAUAGGUGGAGUUGAUGCUGGUCUAAGAGUUGGAGGUCGAUGUGUUCACAAGCAGACUGGGCGUCAUGCCACCUUACUUGGCGUGGUCAAAGAAGGCAGUACAUCUGCGAAGGUCCAGUGGGAUGAAGCAGAAAUUACUGUCAGCUUCCCAACUUUUUGGUCGCCUAGUGAUACUCCAUUGUAUAAUCUGGAACCCUGUGAACCGCUGCCCUUUGAUGUUGCAAGAUUUCGUGGAUUGACAGCUUCUGUGCUGCUAGAUCUCACUUAUCUGACUGGCAUUCAUGAAGAUAUGGGCAAACAGAGUACUAAGAGACAUGAGAAGAAACACCGACAUGAAUCUGAGGAGAAAGUAGAUGUUGAACAGAAAACAGAGAGUGAUCCUGCUUCAGAUGGAAGAACAAGCUUAAGUUCUGAUGAUGUCAAAAGCCAUGGUGCUACAAACUCCAAGUCAGAAAAUGAAAUAGCUUCAUUUUCUUUAGAUUCAACAUCACAAAGUAAUGAGUCCCAACACCAACUAAUAGAAGGAAAAAGAAAAAACCAUGAACAUACGUCCAAAAAUCAUGACAUUGCUCAAUCAGAAAUAAGAGCUGUACAAUUGUCUUACCUCUAUCUUGGUGCUAUGAAAUCACUUAGUGCUCUCCUUAGUUGCAGUAAGUAUGCCGAGUUAUUAUUGAUACCAAAAGUCCUAGCUGAAAAUGGUCACAACUCAGAUUGCGCAAGUUCUCCAGUUGUUCAUGAAGAUGUUGAAAUGCGUGCAGCUUUGCAGUUCUUGAUGCGACACAUGGUGAAAAGAGCAGUCAUGCGUUCUCCCAUAAAGAGAGCUUUGGGACUGGCAGACUUGGAAAGAGCUCAAGCUAUGAUCUACAAAUUAGUAGUCCAUGGUCUUUUGGAAGACCAGUUUGGUGGCAAAAUCAAACAAGAAGUUGAUCAACAGACAGAAGAAGGCGAUCAAACCCAGCAGGCACAGACACCAGUUACCACCAGUCCUUCAGCUUCCAGUACCACAUCUUUUAUGAGCAGCUCUUUGGAGGAUACAACUACAGCGACUACCCCCGUAACUGAUACUGAGACGGUACCUGCCUCGGAAUCACCAGGGGUUAUGCCACUUAGUCUUCUCAGGCAAAUGUUCUCCAGUUAUCCAACUACCACUGUCCUUCCCACUCGACGUGCACAGACUCCACCUAUAUCUUCCUUACCAACCUCUCCUUCUGAUGAAGUUGGAAGGAGACAAAGUCUGACUUCUCCUGACUCACAGUCUGCAAGGCCUACCAAUCGAACAGGUGCAAGAGGUGAAGCAGAUGCCCAGAACAUUACAGUCCUGGCCAUGUGGAUGAUAGAACAUCCUGGCAAUGAAGAUGAUGAGGAACCUCAGUCAGGUAGCACUUCUGAUUCACGUCAUGGAGCAAGAGUUUCAGGCACCAGCAGUGGGAAGUCUAAUGACCCUUGUUAUUUGCAAUCACCUGGGGACAUACCAUCAGCUGAUGCUGCUGAAAUGGAGGAGGGAUUUAAUGAAAGCACUGAUAAUUUGGAUCAUGCAGAUAAUACAGCUUCUGGAAGUGGACCUCCUUCCAGGAGUCGAUCUGCAGUAACAAGGAGACACAAAUUUGACUUAGCUGCUCGGACAUUGCUGGCAAGAGCAGCGGGGUUAUACCGUUCUGUACAGGCUCAUAGGAAUCAAAGUCGAAGAGAGGGAAUUUCUUUGCAGCAAGACCCUGGGGCAUUAUAUGACUUUAACUUGGAUGAAGAACUGGAAAUCGAUCUAGAUGAUGAAGCAAUGGAGGCAAUGUUUGGACAAGACCUGACCGGCGAUAAUGAUAUUCUGGGAAUGUGGAUCCCGGAGGUAUUGGAUUGGCCUACCUGGCAUGUUUGUGAGUCGGAAGACAGAGAAGAAGUGGUGGUGUGUGAGCUAUGUGAAUGCAGCGUUGUCAGCUUCAAUCAACAUAUGAAAAGAAACCAUCCUGGUUGUGGUCGGAGUGCUAACCGUCAGGGCUAUCGGAGUAAUGGUUCUUAUGUAGAUGGAUGGUUUGGUGGUGAAUGUGGAAGUGGAAACCCAUAUUAUCUCUUGUGUGGCAGCUGCAGAGAGAAGUAUUUGGCUCUGAAGACUAAAUCUAGAACAUCGACUUCUGAAAGGUACAAAGGACAGGCUCCAGAUUUAAUUGGCAAGCAGGACAGCGUGUAUGAAGAAGACUGGGACAUGCUGGAUGUUGAUGAGGAUGACAAACUUACUGGUGAAGAAGAAUUUGAAUUGCUUGCUGGCCCAUUAGGUUUAAAUGACCGGCGUAUUGUACCAGAGCCAGUUCAGUUCCCUGAUAGUGAUCCACUUGGUGCAUCCGUGGCAAUGGUUACUGCCACCAACAGUAUGGAAGAGACUCUGAUGCAAAUAGGUUGCCAUGGCUCUGUAGAAAAAAGUUCUUCAGGUAGAAUCACAUUAGGAGAGCAAGCUGCUGCUCUGGCGAAUCCACAUGAUCGUGUAAUGGCUUUAAGAAGAGUGACUGCAGCAGCUCAGGUUCUUCUAGCACGAACGAUGGUUAUGAGGGCACUUUCCCUGCUUUCUGUCAGUGGUUCCAGUUGUAGUCUUGCUGCUGGCCUUGAAUCCUUGGGUUUAACAGAUAUCCGAACUCUGGUUCGAUUAAUGUGCUUAGCUGCAGCAGGGAGAGCUGGCCUCUCUACGAGUCCUUCCUCUAUUGCUUCUUCCUCAGAACGUUCUCGAGGAGUUCAUAGCAAGAACAACAAGCCAAUAUCAUGUCUAGCCUAUUUAAGCACAGCUGUGGGCUGUCUGGCAUCCAAUACUCCUAGUGCUGCAAAGCUGCUGGUACAGUUGUGUACGCAGAACUUGAUUUCUGCUGCAACAGGUGUUAAUUUAACUACAGUUGAUGAUCCAAUUCAGCUCAAAUUUCUGCCCAGCUUUCUCCGAGGAAUUGCUGAAGAAAACAAGCUUGUGACUUCUCCCAACUUUGUAGUAACUCAGGCCCUUGUGGCAUUGUUGGCAGACAAAGGAGCCAAACUGAGGCCUAACUAUGAUAAAGCAGAAAUUGAAAAGAAAGGCCCUCUGGAGCUGGCUAAUGCACUGGCAGCUUGCUGCCUCUCUUCAAGGUUGUCCUCACAGCAUAGACAGUGGGCUGCUCAGCAACUUGUGCGGACACUUGCUGCACAUGAUCGAGACAACCAAACUAGUCCUCAGACAUUGGCUGACAUUGGAGGAGAUCUGAGGAAAUGCUUCUUUAUAAAGUUGGAGGCUCAUCAGAAUAGGGUAAUGACAUGUGUUUGGUGUAAUAAAAAAGGACUUCUAGCAACCAGUGGCAAUGAUGGUACCAUAAGGGUUUGGAAUGUUACCAAGAAACAAUAUUCACUACAACAAACCUGUGUAUUCAACAGAUUGGAAAGCGAAUCAGAGGAAAGCCUGGGAUCACCUAGUGAUCCAAGCUUCUCACCUGUCUCUUGGAGUAUCAGUGGCAAAUAUCUAGCUGGUGCUUUAGAAAAGAUGGUGAAUAUUUGGCAAGUUAAUGGAGGAAAAGCAUUAGUAGAUACUCAGCCACAUUGGGUAUCUGCUCUGGCUUGGCCAGAAGAGUGUCCAACUGCAACAUGGUCAUCAGAUUCUCCAGAAUUAUUGUUAGUGGGACGUAUGGAUGGAUCUCUUGGGCUAAUUGAAGUUGUAGAUGUGUCAACCAUGCAUCGAAAGGAGUUGGAACAUUGUUAUCGAAAGGAUGUAUCUGUUACCUGCAUUGCCUGGUUCAGUGAAGAUAGACCUUUUGCAGUGGGAUAUUUUGAUGGUAAAUUGUUGUUAGGAAUGAAGGAACCACUUGAAAAAGGAGGCAUUAUUCUGGUUGAUGCACACAAGGACACUCUUGUUGCUAUGAAGUGGGAUCCAACUGGUCAUAUUCUUAUGACAUGUGCCAAAGAAGAAAAUGUGAAGCUUUGGGGGCCCGUAGCAGGUUGUUGGAGAUGUUUAUACUCACUUCCACAUUCGUCUAUUGUGAAUGGCAUUGCCUGGUGCAGCCUUCCAGGGAAAGGACCCAAGUUGCAAUUAUUGAUUGCUACUGGUUGUCAGAAUGGUUUAGUGUGUGUGUGGCGUGUUUCCCAAGAUGCAUUGAAUAUAUUACAGUCUAGCUUAACUAGUUCUGAAGAAUGGUGGGAACAAGAAUCAAACAGCAAGGAUAACUACAGAAAAUCUGCAGGUGCCAAGUGUGUUUAUCAGUUGAAAGGGCACAUCACUCCUGUUCGUACAGUUGCCUUCAGUUCUGAUGGUUUAGCGUUGGUAUCUGGUGGACUUGGUGGACUUAUGAACAUUUGGUCUUUAAGGGAUGGUUCAAUAUUGCAAACUGUUGUGAUAGGAUCUGGAGCGAUUCAGACUGCAGUGUGGAUUCCUGAUGUUGGAGUAGCUGCUUGCUCUAACAGAUCAAAGGAUGUUUUGGUCGUAAGUUGCACAUCAGAAUGGGUAGCUGCCAAUCAUGUUCUGGCAACAUGUAGGACUGCCUUGAAGCAGCAAGGUGUUUUGGGAUUAAACAUGGCUCCCUGCAUGAGAGCCUUCUUGGAAAGAUUACCCAUAAUGCUUCAGGAGCAGUAUGCAUAUGAAAAGCCACAUGUAGUUUGUGGGGAUCAGCUCGUUCAUAGUCCUUAUAUGCAGUGUCUGGCUUCCCUUGCUGUUGGACUGCAUCUAGAUCAGCUUUUAUGUAACCCGCCGGUACCACCUCAUCAUCAGAGCUGUCUUCCUGACCCUUCAUCAUGGAAUCCAACUGAAUGGGCAUGGUUAGAAUGUUUUUCAACCACCAUAAAAGCUGCUGAAGCUCUGGCAAAGGGAGCACAGUUUCCAGAGUCCUUCACUGUUCCUGACCUGGAGCCAGUUCCAGAAGAUGAACUUGCAUUCCUGAUGGAUAAUAGUAAAUGGAUUAAUGGUAUGGAUGAGCAGAUUAUGUCUUGGGCAACAUCAAGACCUGAGGACUGGCAUCUGGGAGGCAAAUGUGAUGUCUUUCUGUGGGGUGCUGGAAGGCAUGGACAGCUUGCUGAGGCUGGUAGAAACGUGAUGAUACCGGCUGCUGCUCCUUCAUUCUCACAGGCUCAACAGGUUAUUUGUGGACAGAAUUGCACCUUUGUUAUCCAGGCCAAUGGCACAGUAUUGGCUUGUGGGGAAGGAAGUUACGGCAGAUUGGGACAAGGAAAUUCAGAUGACCUUCAUGUAUUGACAGUUAUUUCAGCAUUACAAGGCUUUGUGGUAACACAACUAGUAACUUCUUGUGGCUCUGAUGGGCAUUCCAUGGCCUUAACUGAAAGUGGCGAGGUCUUCAGCUGGGGAGAUGGAGACUAUGGCAAGCUUGGCCAUGGGAAUAGUGACCGGCAACGCCGACCUAGGCAAAUAGAGGCUUUGCAAGGAGAGGAAGUGAUUCAGAUGUCAUGUGGCUUCAAACACUCAGCAGUGGUGACAUCAGAUGGCAAGCUUUUUACAUUUGGGAAUGGUGAUUAUGGUCGUUUGGGCCUUGGAAACACUUCUAACAAAAAGCUUCCUGAGAGAGUGACAGCAUUAGAGGGAUACCAAAUUGGACAAGUGGCUUGUGGAUUAAAUCAUACCCUAGCUGUGUCUGCAGAUGGUUCAAUGGUGUGGGCUUUUGGAGAUGGAGAUUAUGGAAAACUUGGCUUGGGAAACUCUACUGCAAAGUCUUCACCACAGAAAGUAGAUGUUCUUUGUGGAAUUGGAAUCAAAAAAGUUGCUUGUGGCACACAGUUUUCUGUUGCAUUGACAAAGGAUGGUCAUGUGUAUACUUUUGGACAGGACCGUUUAAUAGGCUUGCCAGAAGGUCGUGCUCGAAAUCACAACCGACCACAACAGAUCCCAGUCCUGGCUGGAGUUGUUAUUGAGGAUGUAGCAGUAGGAGCUGAACAUACACUUGCUUUAGCAUCAACUGGAGAUGUGUAUGCCUGGGGCAGUAAUUCAGAAGGACAGCUUGGACUGGGCCACACUAACCAUGUUCGAGAACCAACUUUAAUAACAAUUCUGCAAGGGAAGAACAUUCGACAGAUUUCAGCUGGUCGUUGUCAUAGUGCUGCAUGGACUGCUUCACCUGUUCCACCAAGAGCACCAGGUGUCUCAGUGCCUUUACAGCUGGGUUUGCCUGAUGCCAUCCCACCCCAGUAUGGCACUCUGAAGGAAGUGAGCAUUCAUACUGUAAGAGCCAGGCUGAGACUGCUCUAUCACUUUUCAGAUCUCAUGUAUUCUUCUUGGAGGUUAUUGAAUCUAAGCCCCAAUAACCAGAAUAGCACAUCUCAUUAUAAUGCUGGAACAUGGGGAAUUGUACAAGGACAGCUUAGACCUCUGUUAGCACCAAGAGUCUACACACUCCCUAUGGUACGGUCCAUAGGGAAAACUAUGGUGCAGGGCAAGAACUAUGGUCCUCAAAUAACUGUAAAAAGAAUAUCAACAAGAGGUCGAAAAUGUAAGCCUAUUUUUGUACAGAUAGCAAGACAAGUGGUUAAGCUAAAUGCUUCAGACCUUCGUCUGCCCUCUCGAGCCUGGAAAGUUAAGCUGGUUGGAGAAGGAGCUGAUGAUGCUGGAGGAGUAUUUGAUGAUACAAUUACAGAGAUGUGCCAGGAACUUGAAACUGGUGUAGUUGACCUUCUUAUUCCAUCCCCAAAUGCUACAGCAGAAGUGGGUUACAACAGAGACAGGUUCCUUUUUAACCCAUCAGCCUUCUUAGAUGAACACUUAAUGCAGUUUAAGUUCUUAGGAAUUCUGAUGGGUGUUGCUAUCCGUACCAAGAAACCUUUAGAUCUUCACUUGGCUCCCAUGGUUUGGAAACAGUUGUGUUGUAUCCCACUCACGUUAGAGGACCUAGAGGAGGUGGAUCUCCUCUAUGUGCAGACCCUCAAUAGCAUUCUUCACAUUGAAGACAGUGGGAUUACUGAAGAGAAUUUCCAUGAGAUGAUUCCACUUGAUUCUUUUGUGGGUCAGAGUGCUGAUGGCAAAAUGGUUCCCAUAAUCCCUGGUGGGAAUAGUAUCCCACUUACGUUUUCCAACAGAAAGGAGUACGUGGAGAGGGCUAUUGAGUAUAGACUUCAUGAAAUGGACCGGCAGGUGGCUGCUGUCCGAGAAGGAAUGUCAUGGAUCAUCCCCGUCCCCUUGUUAUCCCUCCUGACCGCCAAACAGCUGGAGCAGAUGGUCUGCGGAAUGCCCGAGAUCUCUGUCGAAGUCCUGAAGAAAGUUGUCCGGUACAGGGAGGUGGAUGAACAGCAUCAGUUGGUGCAGUGGUUCUGGCACACACUGGAGGAGUUCUCCAACGAGGAGAGAGUCCUCUUCAUGAGAUUUGUGUCGGGGAGGUCUCGGCUGCCCGCCAACACUGCGGAUAUAUCUCAGCGAUUCCAGAUCAUGAAGGUUGAUAGGCCUUACGACAGCUUGCCUACCUCACAGACUUGUUUCUUUCAAUUGAGGCUUCCACCUUACUCCAGUCAGCUAAUCAUGGCAGAGCGUUUGCGCUAUGCAAUCAAUAACUGCAGGUCGAUAGACAUGGACAAUUACAUGCUCUCCCGCAACGUGGACAAUGCAGAGGGCUCAGACACAGAUUAUUAAUCUGUGAACAAAAUCAUCUUCCUUUUAUUACAGAGUAAUGCCCAAUUCCAAUUCAAUGUCAACGCACUUUUAUGGUAAACAUAGAUGUUUUAGGAGCAUAAACCAACAUUAUAAACAGUGGCCACAUUUAGUUACUCUAAAUGUAACAACAAAAGAGAAUAGAUGUUUUUAUUUUUCUGUGAUUGUAAAAAAACAAAAAAACAAAAAAAGAAAUUAAAAGUGCUCUCAGUAAGGUUUUCUCCCUGACCCCCCUCCUAACUCCUUUUCCAUAUUUUGGUCACUUUUGAUAAGUUUGCAUGGAGCCAUUUGGUGUAUUUUUGGUUGGGAAUGGUACAUUUGUAAGCCCUCCCAGUGAACAUUGAAGUUGUACAUUGUGUAUAAUUGUUCAUUAGAAAGGACAGUUUUACAUGAAUAUUCAUAUAUUUAUUUUGUUUUAAUUUGAAUUGCCUGUGCAGGGUUCCUUAUGCAGAGAAAUAAAGCAGAUUCAAGAA